GGAAAAUUCGGACGGACAUUGUUGCACCUUCGAUCCCAACCAACUUUUCUCGUAGCAACACCUAUCUCAACCCUCUUGUCCGUGUGUACAUUGAUUACUCUUCUUCUCCGAUCACACACGAAGGUAUCGGGACACUUCAUCCCUCUAUUGUCCUCCACCUCCAUCCUCGUUCCAUACUACUCUCGAUCAAUACCUCAUUCAACACUCCUCCAUUGACCACCACUACUGACUGUGUGCAAGCACAAUUGCCCCUUCCUUAAUACCUGUGCUUUGAUACCCAGCCUUUGCUCUGAUUCAUUUCAUUCAGCUUGGGCACUUCUGGUCGAGUACAUAAUCUUCUCUCGACCUCAAAAACACAACUACCACGAAGCUAUUUUCCUCAAAAUCGUCAUAACCGCAUCCCGCCAUCAUGCGUCCUGACGUCGAGCAAGAGCUCGCCCACACCCUGCUCGUUGAGCUCCUCGCAUAUCAAUUUGCCUCUCCAGUGAGGUGGAUUGAGACUCAAGAUGUUAUCCUUGAGACGAAUAGAACAGAGAGGAUCGUCGAGAUCGGCCCCGCAGACACACUGGGUGGUAUGGCAAAGAGAACGUUAGCAUCCAAAUACGAAGCAUACGACGCAGCUACCUCUGUCUCACGGCAGGUUUUGGCAUACAACAAAGAUCAGAAAGAGAUUUACUACGAUGUUGACCCCAUUGAAGAGGAACCUGCUCCGGCUGCUGCUGCGCCCGCCGCUUCUUCCUCAGCUCCAGCAGCUCCCGCACCCGCGGCCGCACCAGCAGCAGCAGCACCUCCCGCCUCCUCUGCCGGCCCUGCUGCGGCCGUCGCUGAUGCCCCAGUCGCUGCUGUCGACAUCCUCAGAGCCCUUGUUGCCCAGAAGCUGAAGAAGUCACUCGCAGAUAUCCCUCUGAGCAAAGCCAUCAAAGAUUUGGUCGGUGGAAAGUCCACACUACAGAAUGAAAUCCUCGGUGAUUUGGGCAAAGAGUUUGGCUCAACUCCAGAGAAGCCCGAGGAUACCCCUUUGGACGAACUGGGUGCUGCUAUGCAAUCGACAUUCAACGGCCAGCUGGGCAAGCAGUCAUCAUCUCUGAUUGCUCGCCUGGUGUCGUCCAAGAUGCCGGGUGGCUUCAACAUCACGGCCGUGAGAAAGCACCUUGAGACCACUUUUGGCCUAGGCCCUGGUCGACAAGACGGUGUACUGUUGCUCGCAUUGACAAUGGAGCCAGCAGCUCGUCUGGGCUCUGAGAACGAUGCGAAGACCUAUCUCGGCGAUGUCGCGCAGAAGUAUGCUUCGACAGCGGGCAUUAGUCUCUCUUCUGCAUCCGCAGGUGGUGCAGCUGCAGCUGGCGCUGGUGCUGGGAUGAUGAUGGACCCUGCGGCGAUCGAUGCCCUAACCAAAGACCAACGUGCGCUUUUCAAGCAACAACUUGAAUUGUUCGCCCGAUAUCUGAAGAUGGAUCUUCGAUCAGGCGACAAGGCUUUCCUUGGUUCGCAGGAGAACAACAAGGCCCUUCAAGCUCAACUCGAUUUGUGGAACACCGAGCACGGAGAGUUCUAUGCCUCUGGAAUUGAGCCAUCCUUCAGCGCAUUGAAAGCUCGUAUCUACGACUCAUCCUGGAAUUGGGCUCGCCAAGAUGCCCUGAGCAUGUACUACGAUAUCAUCUUUGGUCGUCUACAAGCUGUUGACCGCGAAAUCGUCAGCCAGUGCAUCCGCAUCAUGAACAGAUCAAAUCCAACCCUCAUCGAGUACAUGCAGUAUCACAUCGACAACUGCCCAACAGAUCGAGGCGAGACCUAUCAACUUGCCAAAGAGCUGGGUCAGCAGCUCAUUGAGAACUGUAAGGAUGUCCUCAACGAGGCACCUGUGUACAAAGACGUUGCAAUUCCUACUGGUCCUCAGACAACAAUUGACGCUCGUGGUAACCUUGACUACAAAGAGGUUCCCCGACAAAGUGCCCGCAAACUUGAGCAGUACGUCCGCGAGAUGGCCGACGGCGGCAAGAUCUCAGAAUACAGUAACCGCACCAAGGUUCAGAAUGACCUUCGCAAUGUAUACAAGUUGAUCCGGAAGCAGCACAAACUGUCCAAAACUUCCCAGCUGCAAUUCAACAGCUUGUACAAGGAUGUUGUGCGUGCUCUCGCCAUGAAUGAGUCUCAGAUCAUGCCUCAGGAGAAUGGGGAUGUGAAGAGACCUGGCAAAAAUGGAUCGCUAACCCGUGCAACGAUGAACGGUACGCUCAAGCAAGGAAAGACCGAAACCAUUCCAUUCCUUCAUCUCAAGAAAAAGCAAGAGCACGGAUGGGAUUAUAGUAAGAAGCUCACGGGCAUCUACCUUGAUGGCCUUGAGAAUGCCGCUCGGGCCGGUAUUACCUUCCAAGGCAAAAUGGCGCUCAUGACUGGCGCUGGCGCUGGAUCUAUCGGCGCCGAGGUGCUACAAGGUCUUAUCAGCGGUGGUGCCAAAGUCGUUGUUACCACGAGCCGCUACUCACGUGAGGUCACCGAGUACUAUCAGUCGAUGUACGCUCGCUUCGGCGCUCGUGGUGCUCAGCUUGUGGUUGUUCCAUUCAACCAAGGCAGUAAGCAGGACGUUGAGGCUCUGGUUGAUUACAUCUAUGACAGCAAGAAGGGUCUCGGUUGGGACUUGGACUACAUCGUGCCCUUCGCCGCUAUCCCAGAGAAUGGCCGUGAGAUUGACAGCAUCGACUCCAAGUCUGAGUUGGCGCACCGUAUUAUGUUGACCAACCUAGUCCGUCUCCUAGGCUCUGUCAAAGCCAAGAAGUUUGAAAGCGGAUUUAACACUCGACCUGCUCAAGUCAUCCUUCCUCUCUCGCCCAACCACGGUACAUUUGGCAAUGACGGCCUCUACUCUGAGUCUAAACUGGCCUUGGAGACUUUGUUCAACCGAUGGUACUCAGAAAGCUGGGCUGACUAUCUCACCAUCUGCGGUGCCGUCAUUGGCUGGACUCGUGGAACUGGCCUCAUGAGCGGCAACAACAUUGUUGCAGAUGGUGUUGAGAAGCUUGGUGUCCGAACCUUCUCGCAGCAGGAAAUGGCCUUCAACCUGUUAGGUCUUAUGUCCCCUGCCAUUGUUGAUCUCUGCCAGACUGAACCUGUCUGGGCAGAUCUCAAUGGAGGUCUUCAAUUCUUGCCCGACCUCAAAGACCUCAUGACUCGUCUACGAGCGGAGAUCAUGGAGACAAGCGCAAUCCGACAGGCUGUCACUAAAGAGACUGCUAUCGAGAAUCAGGUUGUCAACGGCGAAGACAGCGAAGCUCUCUACAAGAAGGUCACCAUCGAACCUCGUGCCAAUAUCAAAUUUGACUUUCCUACGUUGCCCGAUUGGAAACAAGACAUUGCCCCCCACAAUGACAAACUUAAGGGUAUGGUUGACCUUGAUAAGGUUGUCGUCGUUACCGGCUUUUCCGAGGUUGGCCCCUGGGGUAACUCGCGCACUCGUUGGGAGAUGGAAGCGUUCGGCGAGUUCUCUCUGGAAGGUUGCGUAGAGAUGGCCUGGAUGACCGGUCUCAUCAAGAACCACAACGGUCCUCUCAAGGGCAAGUCCUACUCAGGAUGGGUUGAUUCAAAGACAAGCGAGCCUGUUGAUGACAAGGACGUCAAGGCCAAAUACGAGAAGCAAAUCCUGGAGCACUCGGGUAUCCGACUCAUCGAGCCCGAGUUGUUCAAUGGCUACGAUCCGAAGAAGAAGCAACUGCUGCAGGAAAUCCAGAUCGAGGAAGAUCUCGAUCCGUUUGAGGCUUCCAAGGAGACCGCUGAGGAGUUCAAGCGACAACACGGUGAGAAGGUUGAAAUUUUCGAACUCGAAUCUGGCGAAUACACUGUUCGCCUGAGGAAGGGCGCUACCCUUCUGAUCCCUAAGGCUCUCCGAUUCGAUCGACUGGUUGCUGGCCAGAUCCCGAGCGGCUGGAAUGCAAAGCAUUAUGGUGUUCCAGAUGAUAUCAUCUCCCAAGUCGACCCAGUCACGCUUUUCGUGCUCGUGUGUACCGUCGAAGCACUCCUUGCGUCCGGUAUUACCGAUCCUUAUGAGUUCUACAAGUAUGUCCAUCUUUCUGAGGUCGGAAACUGUGUCGGUUCUGGUAUCGGUGGUACUACUGCACUUCGUGGCAUGUACAAGGACAGAUUCAUGGACAAGCCCGUUCAGAAGGAUAUUCUGCAAGAAUCCUUCAUCAAUACCAUGGCCGCUUGGGUUAACAUGCUGCUCUUAUCGUCAACUGGUCCGAUCAAGACUCCUGUCGGUGCCUGUGCCACUGCUGUCGAGUCUAUCGACAUUGGCUACGAGACUAUUGUUGAAGGCAAGGCCCGUGUCUGCUUCGUUGGUGGCUUCGAUGAUUUCCAGGAGGAAGGCUCAUACGAAUUCGCCAAUAUGAAGGCUACCAGUAAUGCCGAAGACGAAUUCGCCCACGGCCGUACACCCAAGGAGAUGUCUCGGCCUACUACCACCACCAGAAAUGGUUUCAUGGAGUCUCAAGGUUGCGGUAUGCAAAUCAUCAUGACCGCUCGCCUAGCUUUGGACAUGGGAACUCCAAUCUACGGCAUUCUCGGCCUGGUCUCUACAGCCACUGACAAGAUUGGUCGAUCCGUUCCUGCUCCUGGACAAGGUGUGUUGACGAACGCCCGCGAGAAUGCUGGCAAAUUCCCGUCUCCAUUGCUCGAUAUCAACUACCGCAGAAGGCAACUUGAGCACCGACGACGCGCCAUCAAGAACUGGCAAGAAUCUGAACUUCUGUAUCUUCACGAGGAGGUUGCAGCUAUGAAAUCUCAAGCCGGCUUUGGCUUCGACGAGAAGACAUACCUAGAAGAACGUGCCGCCCACAUCGAGCGGGAGGCUGUCCGACAAGAGAAGGAGGCCCAAAACAGCUUGGGUAACAAUUUCUGGAAGCAGGAUCCUGCUAUCGCUCCCCUCCGAGGUGCUCUUGCUACCUGGGGUCUGACCAUCGACGACCUGGACGUUGCCUCCUUCCACGGUACUUCCACUGUGGCAAAUGACAAGAACGAAUCCGAAGUCAUCUGUAAACAGAUGGAACAUUUGGGUCGUAAGAAGGGAAAUGCUCUGCUUGGUAUUUUCCAGAAAUAUCUCACUGGUCACCCCAAAGGUGCUGCUGGUGCUUGGAUGUUCAACGGUUGCUUGCAAGUUUUGAACAGUGGUAUUGUGCCAGGUAACCGGAAUGCAGACAACGUGGACCAAGUUAUGGAGAAAUUCGACUACAUUGUCUACCCCAGCCGGUCAAUGCAAACUGAUGGUGUCAAGGCAUUCUCUGUGACCUCGUUUGGUUUUGGUCAAAAGGGUGCCCAAGCUAUCGGUAUUCACCCCAAGUACCUGUACGCCGCACUGGAUCAAUCAGAAUUCCAGAGGUACAAACUCAAGGUUGAGGCUCGUCAAAAGAAAGCCUACCGAUUCUUCCACAAUGGCAUGAUCAACAACACCCUCUUCGUGGCCAAGACCCAUGCACCAUACCCUGAUGAGUUGAUGCAGACAGUUUUCUUAAACCCUGAUCAGCGAGUCAUUGCUGACAAGAAGUCUGGCGAGCUGACCUACAAUUCGACUCUGCCUCAGAAGGCGUUGAGCACCAACGCUCAAGAGACAAAGGCUAUGCUCGAGUCCCUCACGCAAGCAAGUGCUAAGGAGGGAUCCAAAGUCGGUGUUGAUGUUGAGGACAUUCGAGCUAUCAACAUCGAAAAUGACACCUUUGUGAAGAGGAACUUCACCGAUGCCGAGCAGGCCUAUUGCAACAAGGCUCCUUCUCCUCAGGCAUCUUAUGCUGGUCGCUGGAGCGCCAAAGAAGCCGUCUUCAAAUCACUGGGUGUCUGCAGCAAAGGAGCGGGUGCUCCUCUUCAAGACAUUGAGAUCUUGAGUGAUGAAACUGGCGCACCCAAGGUGUCCUUGCGUGGAGCCGCAUUGCAAGCUGCCAAGGAGGCUGGCGUCAAGAACGUCAAUGUCAGCAUCAGUCACAGUGAAAGUCAAGCUAUCGCCGUUGCUGUUUCAGCAUUUUAAGAUCCCGGCACGUGGAUUGUAUAAACUUUCAUUAUGGACGAAAAAAGAUCCGACAUAAAGAGUGUUUUUUGAAAAGGCAGCUUUUCUUUCUGUUUUUAUAAUAGUUGCAUGGAUGCCGUCUUUGUUUCAAUGGGAUGGCGAUGGAAGGAUACUCGGUGUCGUCUAGGUAGUAACCGAGGCGACUUUGCUUGUUUACUUAGUGUUGCUCUAUCAACCUCACACAUAUGGGUACGUGGGAAAUGAAGAAGAAAGGAGGGCACGGCUAGAUUUACAUAUAUUAUUGUCAACAAAAGAUACUUUUCACUAUUCAGAAA